AUCGCUCUUGAAUGCGGAAGUGGUGUAGUUUACUGAGUCACCGUUGUAUCAGCUGAUUGUUUCUGAGAGUCUGUGCUGAAAGCAGAGAGGGGUAGAGGGGAGGAGAGCAGGAGCUGAGAGAGCAAGUGCAGCAUACCAACUGGAAACAUGGGUGAGGAGGGACCGCCCAGCCUGGAGUACAUUCAGGCCAAGGACCUGUUCCCCCAGAAGGAGCUGGUGAAGGAAGAGGAGAGCCUGCAGGUGCCAUUUCCAGUUCUUCAGGGGGAAGGGGUCGAGUACAUUGGCCGUGCAGAUGACGGCAUUAUCGCCAUAUCCAACUACAGGCUUCACAUUAAAUUCAAGGAUUCUAUCAUCAAUACCUACCCAGGUGUGGACGAUGAGAUUUCAGUCCCCCUCCGGCUGAUCGAGAGCGUGGAGAGCAGGGGCAUGUUCCAGCUGCACAUCGUCUGCAAGGACUCCAAAGUGGUCAGGUGCCACUUCUCCACCUUCAAGCAGUGCGAGGAGUGGCUGAAGAGGCUGAACAGAGCAAUUGCCUACCCCACCCGGCUGGAGGACCUCUUUGCCCUGGCCUACCACGCCUGGUGCCUGGGCGGAAGCGCUGACGAUGAGGACCAGCACGUGCACCUGUGCCGUCCAGGUGACCAUGUGAGACAGAGGCUGGAGAUGGAGGUACUGAGAAUGGGCUUUGACAUGCAGAAUGCCUGGAGAGUGUCUGACAUCAACAGCAACUACAGGCUGUGCUCCAGCUACCCACAGAAACUACUGGUCCCAGUGUGGAUCACUGACAAAGAGCUGGAGAGUGUUGGUUCCUUCAGGUCCUGGAAGAGGAUUCCUGUUGUGGUGUACAGGCACCAGCGCAAUGGGGCGGUGAUCGCACGCUGCAGCCAGCCAGAGAUCAGCUGGUGGGGCUGGAGGAACAAGGAGGAUGAGUACCUGGUGACCUCCAUCGCCAAGGCCUGCCUGCUUGACCCGGGCACACGCUCCAUCUGCAGGCCCCGUGGGGAGGGCGCGGAUAACUCCGACAGCGACUUCGACUCGUCUUUGACCGUAUGCCCGAGCCCUGAGGCCAACGGCUCACCACAGAAGCUCCUCAUCCUCGAUGCCCGCUCCUACACCGCCGCAGUGGCCAACCGUGCCAAGGGGGGCGGCUGCGAGUGUGAAGAAUACUACCCCAACUGCGAGGUGAUGUUCAUGGGCAUGGCCAACAUCCACUCCAUCAGAAACAGCUUCCAGUCCCUGCGGGCUGUCUGCAGCCAGAUCCCCGACCCUGGGAACUGGCUGUCUGCCCUGGAAAGCACCCGUUGGCUGCAGCACCUGUCAGUCAUGCUGAAGGCAGCCACUCUGGUGUGUUCAGCUGUGGAGAGGGAGGGUCGGCCCGUGCUGGUGCACUGCUCCGACGGCUGGGACCGCACCCCUCAGAUAGUGGCCCUGGCCAAGGUCCUGCUGGACCCCUAUUACAGGACACUGGAGGGCUUUCAGGUGCUGGUGGAGACGGAGUGGCUGGAUUUUGGGCACAAGUUUGGGGACCGCUGCGGUCACCAGGAAAACGCUGAUGACGUCAGCGAGCAGUGCCCCGUCUUCCUGCAGUGGCUGGACUGUGUCCACCAGCUCCUCAAACAGUUCCCCUGCCUCUUCGAGUUCAAUGAGGCCUUCCUGGUGAAACUGGUGCAGCAUACUUACUCCUGUCUGUAUGGCACCUUCCUGUGCAACAACGCCAAGGAGAGAGAAGCGCGUAACGUCUACAAGCGCAGCUGCUCUGUCUGGUCCCUGCUCCGCACUGGCAACAAGAACUUCCAGAACUUUCUGUACAUCCCCAGUCAUGACAUGGUUCUGCAGCCGGUGUGCCACACACGGGCCCUACAGCUGUGGACAGCGGUCUACCUGCCCACCUCCUCCCCCUGCACUGCUGCCGAUGACUCCAUGGAGCUCUACUUGUCCCCCUCCACCCAGGGGGAGGAGCUCACCUCCCGCUCGCUUGAUAGGCUUCCCAAGACGCGGUCAAUGGACAACCUAGUCUCAGCCUGCGAGAACGGGGUGACCUUAACCCGCACCUCCAGUGACCCCAACCUCAACAAGCACUGCCAGGAGGACCGGCCCGCUCUAGAACCUGCGCCAGGUGUGGGAGGGGCUGCCGCAGGCAGCCCAGAGGAGGCUACAACAGAGCCUGAAGCAUCCGACCAGGGUCCAGGAGUGGAGCCUCUCAUCCAGGCCCCUACCACAGACCUUGAGGAGGAGGAUCUGAUCAGCGAGAAUCUGAUCGGCAAGAACUGCCUCACCUUAAAGGAGCGCUGUCUGACCACCCAACCUCUGCCCUCCCUGCACUGCACCUCCCAACCGGACGGGACUGGCCCUGCCCCCGUCCUUCCCCUACCCCCGCCCCUGGAAAAUGGCCACACCUUCCUGCUCCCUUUGCAGGGACCAGAGAUGGAGUCCCGGACUGUUGACUGCACUCCCUCCCCCAGCGCCGAUGCACACAUCCUCACCGUCUGCAACGGCCCUCCGGCGUGCAUCAGGGACCUUCCCUCGGAACCCCCCACGGCCGUGGAGCUCCUGACCUUCAGAAACCUCUCCCCCGCGCCCCUGGCCGAGGACUCUACGGAGACGUUGAAGGAGCUGAGAUCCGAGCCACCGCUCGCCAAUGGAGCGCGUGGGGCCGCAGAGGAAGAGCGGGAGGUGGAGGAGGAAGAGGUGGAGGAAGAGGAGGAGCAGGGACGGGCAGGCCGUGCCCAGCGUGACGGCGGCAGGACGGUGCGGAAGCUGGUGUGCCAGAGCCAGCUUAGCGAGUUCACCCUGCUGGGCUCACACUGGGAGAGCGUGCAGGGCCUGGUGCAGUCGGCCUGCGGGGCCCUCCAGCCCGGCUCUCAGGGCCGGCGGCUAGCGGGCCGGCUGCUGCGUGCCCAGGGCAUGGCCCCCAGCGGGCAGUGCUGCCGCCGAGAGGGUGCCCGGCCCGCCUGCAGCCCCGUCCACGCUAGCUGGCUGUCCGCCGUCCGGAGCUCGGCCCUGUGCUCGUCCCGGCUGCUCACGGCGGCCCCGCCCUCCUCCUCCUCUUCCUCCUCCACCCCCCCGCCGCCCCCGCCAGCCCCCGCCUACCUGGACGACGACGGGCUGCCGGUCCCCACGGACGCGGUGCAGCAGCGCCUGCGGCAGAUCGAGGCGGGGUACAAGCAGGAGGUGGAGGUGCUGCGCAGGCAGGUGCGGCAGCUGCAGAUGCGGCUGGAGAGCAAACAGUACUGCACUCCGCCCUCCGAGCCCGACGUGGACUACGAGGACGACAUUACAUGCCUGCGAGAGUCGGACGAUAGCGAGGAGGAAGACUCUCUGUCGGACCGCAGCGAAGACCGUUUCUCGGAGGGCAGUUGGGACCGGGUGGAGCGGAAGGACACAGAGGUCAGCGUCCCUGAGUGCCUCCUCCAGGUCACUCGUUGGGUUCCCGAUCACAUGGCCUCCCAUUGCUUCAGCUGCGACUGUGAGUUCUGGAUAGCCAAGCGACGCCAUCACUGCAGAAACUGUGGCAAUGUGUUCUGUAAGGACUGCUGUCACCUGAAGCUGCCCAUCCCAGACCAGCAGCUCUACGACCCCGUGCUGGUGUGCAACACCUGCCAUGACCUGCUGCUCGAGUCCAGGACACGUGAGAUCAGGAGCCAGCAGCUGAAGAAGCCCAUUGCCACCGCCUCCAGCUGAGAGCCCCGUCCCCCGCCACUUCUCGAGAUGCCACUUUCGACCGAUGAGCCAGGCCCCUUCACCACCAAUGCGCUCCCCCACCCCCUUUUUGGUCUUGGUUGCGGGUGAGGACUGUGUUUUGGAGCCAAAGCUUACGGCGGGCCCUAAGUGCGAUGUCAAGGGAGAGAAAAGACAGAGGGAUGGACGGAGGAAGGGAGGGAGGAAGGAAAGUAGGACGCAGAGUUUGGAGGGGUUGGAUCUCGAACAAAGCAGAGCCUUUCGGACUGUGUUUUCUGUUUAGGCCUCAGCGUCCUGCUGCUGUGCUGGUGAGUGGGUGCUGCAGGGCUCCCCCCCUCGGUCCAGUGCUCAUUUCAAACCUAUGCACCCUGGAACUGUGCAUCCCGUGACACACCACCGACAGACAAUCUCAUCUGCUGAACUGUUGGGACUCCCAGGCCUUGGAUUAGUACGUUGGAGGCUCACUAUUUAAAAUGCUGCUACAGUAUUUGAAAUUUAUUUUUCAUUUUGUGCACUACAAGCUGUUUGUAUAUUUUGAGGGGAUUGGAGACCAAACCAGGCAGAGCAAAAGGGCAAAGGGCAGAGCAAAAUCUGCUAAGAACGCUGUUGUAUCUUCUUGUGGGCCUCGACUGUUGCCGGAAUGUAAUGUUCGAAAUGAGAGAAAGAGUGAAAGCGAGAGAGUGAGAAAGUGGGAGAGAGCAAGAGAGAAUGUAAUGUUCAUUGAGGGGAGAGUUAGAGGAAGAACCAACACGCAAACUGGAAAGCUGAUACAGUUUAUGUUCAUGUGCAUAGAUUGGUUGUGUACUUGUCUGUUCUUGCAGUGUAUUUUAAAUAUCACAUUUAUGCAGUUCUGUGUCUUUCAAACGCUAACCUGAAUAUAGCAUUGUUGUGAUGUUCCUCAGUUUUGGAAUGCAGUAAGGGCCAACGCCCUUUUAUCAGUUUACCUGUCUUUUUUGGAGAAAAAAAGCUGAACUAAACAACCUGUCAGAAAAAAAAAUAAGUUGAAACCGUUCAGGUAAGCCAACAAGCCAUCUUUUUUUAUUUUGGUUUUGAGAUGGAACCUCGUUCCUAACCACACAGCACAUUCGACUUCUGAUAGGUCUUCAUUUCUGGAAAGUCAUAUUCGAAAGCAGUAUGUUCUACAAACAUGAGUGUAAGUCAUGAAUGUUCAAAGUAUGCUGUUUGGGAGAGAUUACAAGUAAGUGUACAGUAAUUGUCUUUCCCCAUGAUAGUUGUGUCCCUGUGUAUGGAGUCCUUUCUCAAAACAAAACAUCUUUUAAACAUUACAUGAAGGCUUGGAAGCCCCAUAAGAACGUACAAAGUACACUGAAAUUCUUUUUUUUGGUCGUGAUUCCCCCACACUGUUCUCUUGAAAGGGUAUGUGUAUUGUUGGAUGGUGUUCCUCAAAAAAAGAAAAGAAAAAUAGUGCCAUCUUUUCUGUUGUUCAUUUUUUCUUUUUUUCUUUUUUUUACUUUUUUCAUGGAUUACAUCCAGGUUACUAAUUGGAACUGCUUCAUAAGGUAACGGUACAAAUAGCUAGCUGCUUAACGAGAAGGAAGUUUUUUCAUAAGCUCGACAGGGAAAUUUAAAUUAGAUUAAAGUUUCAAAAAAUAAACUGUGAAAACUGAAUUAAUUAGCAGGCCUUCUCUAUUGCCUAAUGUUUUGGGUAUGUCUUUCAGUGGUGUUAAUGAAGGCAAAAAAGAACCCAGAAAUGUAAUAUAACUAGUAAUCCAAGCUGUACUAGUGGCUAAAACUGUCACCUAGUGAAUACUUGUUGUAAAGAAUUGCACUGUACAAGUGAUAUCCCAUGGGUUAAAUAAAAAAGAUCUAUAUAUCUA